UAAAUUUUUUAAAGUGAUACUAAAUUUCUAUAUUUCUCCGUAGUAACUAUUUGCAUAGAGCGGAUGGAAGAGUGAUUUUAUUACACCACUAAUAUGCUUUUUAGCAGAUGUCACUGUAAGGUUUUUGGGUGAUGAUAGUUUAAUAAUUGUUGCGAUGAAGGUUUGUAUGUGGGCAUGUAAGCGAAGGAGGCGAUUCUAAGAACCUUUUAUCUGUGUGCCGCCCAUAACUCUGGCAGGUGCAAUGUGCUGCCGGAUAUCUCUUUUCGAAAUAGAAGUUGUGACAUAAGAGAGGGAGGUGAUUUCGAGGGGGAUAGAAUUUAAGAAGUAACCGAGACAGAGACAGAGUCGUAUGAGAUGAGAUUUGGGAACCCGUCGGCACAGCACAGUACAUGCAGCAUUCCCCCAUGAAACGUGGCGUCACAAAUACUUACGUGUUUCUUCUCUUCCUAGUCUAGUCUAGUCUAGUGAUCCCCCACUUCCCAAUUCCCCACAAACAAUUUUUGUUUUCUGCUCCUGCCUCUCUCCUUCUCUACUAGAUUCUUUGGAUCUAUCGAUCCAAUUUUACUCCAAGUAGAAAACUAUUCAGAAACUUUCCCACUUAAGAAUUAAGAGGUACUUUACAGUAGUACUCUAUAAUUGCAGGUUUUAAUGGCUCUUAAAUUCACUUACUGUUAAAAGAUAGCCUUUAAUUCAAUCUCUUUUCUUCUUUCCUUCUAUUUUAAUCAUAAAAUCUCACAACUCCACCCACUGUUAUUCGAGUUCUUGGAACUAUUAGCCAUAUUUCUCCAAGUACUUGGUCUAUUUGAAGUUCCACAUUGUGAAUUCUAGGUUUAAAAAAAGCAAUAGAAGUACGUGCGUUGGAUAAGGAAAACAGAGAGAGUUACUGAAUAUUGCGUUAUAGUUUCCCCUAAUUUCUUCUGUUGAAAAUUCGUGCUUCUAGAAAUUCUUUCUUAAGAAGAGUUGAAUUGACCGCGGUGAUCUUCUUUGAAGUGUUGAUUUCAGUAUGUAUGUUAUGAGAUAAAUAGACACAUUGUUGUCUAUGACGGCGUUAAAGUCUUGGACAUGGUUAUCAAAAAGCAGGAAUCUCAUUACAAAUAAGGGUUCAAAUGGACUAAAGAUGAAACAAUUACCGUUUAUGGGAAUUUUGUGUGCAUUUAUGUUGUUUAUUGUGUACAGAACAACAAAUUAUCAGCAUCAUCAUACAAAGAUGGAGACUAGGUUGAAUCCCUUCAACGCAGAGAAGGGUUCAACCGAUGCUUUCAGUAGGGUGAAUUAUCUACCUCAUGGUAUAGUUCAAGCUAGGUCAGACUUGGAGCUAAGGCCCUUAUGGUUUACAAGUAGCGCGAGUAAGAUUAAGGUGUCUAGCCAUCAGAACCUUCUGGCAAUACCUGUUGGUAUAAAGCAAAAGGAAAAUGUAAAUGCUAUUGUUCAGAAGUUUCUUUCAGGAAAUUUUACAAUUAUGCUAUUCCACUACGACUCCAACGUCGAUGGAUGGCAGGAUCUUGAGUGGAGUAACAAGGCUAUUCAUAUUAUUGCCGAGAAUCAAACAAAAUGGUGGUUUGCAAAACGUUUUCUACAUCCAGAUGUUGUUUCUACUUAUGAUUAUAUUUUCAUUUGGGAUGAAGAUUUGGGUGUUGCUAAUUUCCACCCAGGGAGAUACCUGAAAAUUAUGAAAGCAGAGGGACUGGAGAUAUCACAACCAGCUUUAGACCCAGAUUCGUUGGAAAUACAUCAUAAGAUAACCAUUCGCAAAAGAUCCAAGAAAUUCCACAGGAGGAUCUAUGAUAAUCGAGGAAGUGUCAGAUGUUCGGAUGCUAGCCAAGGACCACCCUGCACCGGAUGGGUGGAGGGGAUGGCACCAGUAUUUUCCAGAUCUGCUUGGCAUUGUGCUUGGCAUCUCAUCCAGAAUGAUCUUGUUCACGGAUGGGGAAUGGAUAUGAAACUUGGGUAUUGUGCUCAGGGUGACCGAACGAAGAAGGUAGGAGUUAUUGAUAGUGAAUAUAUUGUACAUCAAGGUGUACAAACUCUAGGAGGAGCAUCCUCUAGAAAGGUUAAAAAUAACGUUCUUGAAGAACCUGUACAGAAACGAAGAUCUCCAGAAGUCGAUGUUCGAUCUGAGAUAAGGAGACAAUCAACCUUGGAGCUUCAAGUAUUUAAACAGAGGUGGGAGAAGGCUGCUAGGGAAGAUAAAGAGUGGGUUGAUCCGUACAUGCGAAACCGAAAGCUCAUCCCGCUUGGAAGAUAAUAAAGAAGUCGGAUUGUGUCAUAUAUAUAUAUAUAGAAGUAAUAUCACAUAGCUAGUUAUCAUUCUACUUGCUUCUUUCCACGGGUUCUUCUUGUAAUCUAGUUCUGUCUCCGGUUUCCCUUUUGUAGUUCAUUCUAACCAUAAGCUAAUUUAUUGGUCGAGUAGUGUUUUCAUCUGCUCUAUCGUCUUAUUGAUCGGGUAGUGUUUUCAUCUGCUCUUUUCUC